AUGUCGCACCCCGAGAUUGUCUCCUCGCUUGAGCGACCCCCGGGCCAUGAAUCGAAACCGACACCCGUGACGACCGAGACGACGACUACGGCCGAAAGCGACGUCGGGUCCAUGUCCAUGCCGCCUCCUGCGGCGCCCACGGAGGACAAUGGCCGCUCGUCUCGUUCGACUUCGAAUGCGUCUCGAAGCAGCCAUCGGCUCUCCCUCACCCUUCCUAUUGCCCCACCAACCAGCGAUCCCUCACGACCAUCGUCGACCGUUUUGUCGUCCUUCCCUGCCACCCCUGUCGAUUCAGGCUUGACGUCUCCGGUAGAUAACAAUGACCUGAUCAUCGCGAUAGCGGCGCAAGAAAGAAAAGUUCUCGAGCUGCGAGAAGAGCUAGGCCGGGCCGAAGAAGAGCUAUCCAAGCUGAAGAGGCAGUGGACUAUGCGAGAGUCGUACCAAAAACGGGGCUCUUCCAGGCCUCUCGCUCCCUUCGUCGACGGGGCAAAGAACGACGACUUCGCAGCGGCUAGGCGCAGCGUCGAACUUGACCGGCGGAGAGUCUUGUUACAGUCGCAGAAUACUUCCAAGGAUCAUCGAAGGAAGGUUCUCCGGGGCGGCCAUGCAAGGACGCUUUCGCUGCUUUCGCCCACUAAGACAGAUGGAGGUUUUCCUCUCCACGAGGAUCUGGAUGGUUCCAGAUCCCCCGAUCUGACCGCGAGCGACCGGGGCCCUGCGAACCCGGUGCUCCAGAAGAGGGCGUCGUGGCAGCCUCGCAACUACAACCCCAAUCAACAAGGCGUGAAGCAGAUUGCCGAGGACUUUAAGUUGGGACUCUGGAGCUUCAUGGAAGAUAUUCGACAGGCUACUGUCGGGGACGAGCCCAUUACGGGCCAGCUGAACAGGUCGCCCAAUCUAUCGGACGCGUCCGUCAGGAAGCCACGUCCAUGGUCAUACGCCGCUGAUCAGGAGACCAUCAAGGCGUCCGGCGCUUCUCGACCCAAGGCAUCCUUGAAUAGCGCUUUCGAUCAGCCCGAGGGCCCGACCACGGAGUCGGCGACACGACCCGCAACGUCUCAAGCACAAACGCAAGCGCGCCCGUUUCCGAAGCCUAUGAAUAAGUCGAAGCGUUUCUCGUGGACGCCUCUACCGGUGGACUCGAUUGACGACGAUGCAUGGUCCAACUGGGAGUCGCCGUCGGCCUCGUCUAUCAAAUCGACGCGCUGGAGCGGCUCGACUGUCAGUGGCAGCGAAGGAAUAACGCCAGUUCCCGAGGAUAAUGACGUGCAGACCCCCCUUAAGAAGAAAUCGUCGAGGGCGUCCAUAACGAUCGACGGCCGAACGGAGCAGUCUGGGAGACAGGUUCUAUCACCGACCAAGCUGGAGGAGCUUCUCCCGGGCGUGGUCAAUAGACUGAGCCCCAGCAAUAUCAAGCGGACAGCCACCUCUCUCAUGGAUGAAUGGGAGAGGAGCCUCACGCCGCCUCGAAAAGAGAACAACAACCUCAUUGACCUGAAGGAGAAUCAGGUGUGA